AUGGGUAUGCUCAUAAAUUAUUAUACAUCAUACAAGUUAUGUAUCUGGAUUAAGUAUAAUGACUAACAGAAUAGAGUGAUAUCUUGCGGAGGAGAUAAGUUAAUAUUGAUAAUAGAACAGUCAUCAUAGGAGUUAAAAUGGAAUUUCAUAUAAAAGAUAUCAGUUGAAGUUUUUGUCAUCGAUUAUGUUUUAUCUCUGAUGAUGUAUUCUCAUUUUAACCUAAUUUAAAUGAUAAAAUGA